UCCCGAAAACCAUAUAAACACGCCAAACUAAGCAGCCAGGAGAACACAGCGCAAAGCUCUACUUCACAAGCAAGCACAUUAAGCUACGGCCAAGCUCAGAUUAGCAUCUUUGAUCACACACAUAUAUACAUAGUUCUUGCAGUCCAGGAACUGAUAAAAAAACCUUUCUUUGAAGGCCGGUUGUGUUGCUGCGUGAUCAAGAAUUGAUCAGUGGAUCGAGGUGUGUAGGCAUGGAGGUGGAGGCGGUGAGCUGCGAGUGCUGCGGGCUGGAGGAGGAGUGCACCGGCGAAUAUAUUGGCGGCGUGAGGGCCUACUUCGGGGGGAGGUGGCUCUGCGGGCUGUGCUCGGAGGCCGUCAAGUACGAGGCCGGCAAGUGCGCGGGCGCCGCGGCGCCGGACGUGGAGGAGGCCGUGCGCGCGCACAUGGCCAUCUGCCGCAUGCUGAAGAGGGGCGGCCCCGCGGGGCGCGUCGCCGAGGGCAUGUGCCAGAUGCUGCGCACCGCGUCCUGGAAGAAGGCCUCCUCCUCGUCCACGCCGUCGCCGUCGCCAUCUCCGUCGCCGCGGGAGCACCACCGCGCCUCGCCGGUGUCCGUCGGGCUCUGAUCGCAAGGGAGGCGUCGUGUUCUCGGUUCUUUUGAGGUGCACGCUAGCUUCGUCUUCGUCCCGCCUCGCUAGCUAGGCACUGGUGUUAAUUAGCGUUCUUCAUUAGAUCGCCAUGGGUGUUUAAUCGCAACUUCUAUGUAGAGUUGAUUAUGGUCAACGAGGUGUACAUAUAUAUAAGGGUUAAUCAAGCCUUUGAGAUGAUGGUUUUGAUCAAGAA